CGAGUAAUAUUUUGUGUUUGUCUUUCGACACAAAUUUUAAUUAAUGAUAAUAUAUGAGAAUGAUGGCAAUGGGAGGGAGUUAGCUCUUAAGCGUUUUGCAACCCAAGUCGGGCCGGAUUCUGUUAAAAAAGGCCGGCUUUUGGAAUAGUUGGCGGAGGUUAGCCGCAGCCUUCCCUCCUCUCAGACCGCCGCCGCCUCAUCUUCCCCGGAAGCCCUGUUGCACGCCAGAAAGAAAAACCUGCUCAUACACAGAGACCAAACACUACUCGCAUGGAGGAAAAGAAGCUGAAGAGGAAGGGGGACGGGCUGAAGAAGGACCCCCCUCACAAGAGGCCCUCUAAAGACGAUCUCAUCAGCCGCAGUACAGUCUCGUUCGUCCAGAUCCUGGGGAAUGGAAUGGAUACUCAUGAUGCAUCAUCUUCAGUCCUACUUUUCUUUGAUCACCAAAGAUAUAUUUUUAAUGCCGGAGAGGGUCUGCAAAGGUUCUGCGCGGAGUAUAAAGUUAAGUUGUCACAGAUAGAUCAUAUAUUGUUCUCCCAUGUGUGCUCGGAAACUGCUGGCGGACUUCCAGGAUUGUUGUUAACAAUGGCAGGCAUGGGACAACAACAACAGCCUUACGAAAUCCCACAAAUGAGGGAAGGUAGAUGUACUCAGAGCUUACCCCUAUCUAGGCAGGUUAAAAUAUGGGGACCUUCAGAUCUGAAUUACUUGGUUGAUGCCAUGCGUUGCUUUGUGCCCAAUGAUGCCAUGGUCCACACAAAAGCAUUCAGGGAUAACAGUGUACUUAUUGAAAAUGCUGAUGUUAAAAUUUCGGCUAUUCUCCUUUGGCCUGAAGAUAGUUCUCUGACAACAAACAAAGAUGAUUCAUCCAAAUCCCUUGAAGAAAAUAAGAGAAUCGGUCUUGAGCUGAAGCCGGGUGACAUGUCAGUGGUUUACGUUUGUGAGUUGGCAGAAAAGAAGGGUACGUUUCACCCGGAUAGAGCCAUGGCGAAAGGAAUACAACCUGGACCUCAGUACAGCAUGCUGAAAAAUGGAAAAUCAGUCUUCUCAAAACUAUUAAAUAUCGAGGUACAUCCCACGGACGUGAUGGAUCCUCCAACCCCUGGUCCAGUAGUACUUCUUGUAGAUUGCCCUACCAAAUUUCAUUUCCACAAAUUAAUGUUCGAAGAUUCUUUGAGAAACUAUUUUUCAGAUUUCUCAGGCGAAAGAUCUUCAAAACUUGUGAGCUGUGUGAUCCAUUUGAGCCCAAUCUCUGUCAUAAAUGAUCCUGAUUAUCAGACUUGGAUGAAGAGAUUUGGUUCCGCCCAGCAUAUCAUAGCUGGUCAUCAAAAGAAAAAUGUAGAGAUCCCAAUUUUAGGAGGGAGUGCGAGAAUUGCUUCCAGGUUGAAUUAUCUAUGCCCUCAGUUUUUCCCUGCUCCUGGCUUUUGGUCUGUCAAAAAAUCGUUUCCACAAUCUGACACUGUUUCCAAUGAGGGCUCUUCUCCGAACUCAAGCAAGAUGAUCUUGGCCGAAAAUCUUCAGCUCGAGGGCUCUACUCCAAACUCAAGCGAGAUUAUUUCUGCCAAAAAUAUGCUUAAGUUUAAAUUACAACCUAUACACAAAAUUGGAUUGGACAGAUCCUUCAUCCCGAGUCAGCAGACUGCCUCUCAGACAGAAGAGGAAUUGCUUACUGAGAUUCCAGAAAUUGCAGGUGCUAAAGAAGAUGUCCAGAAUCUGUGUGACCCAGAUAAGGAGAUUGCAGCAGAGAAAAGUUUUAUGCAAGAGGGGAUGUGGCCAACUGAGUAUAAAAUUCCUGAUUGCUUGGAAAAUGUAAGGGAUGAUGACCUUGAGAUUGUUCUUCUAGGAACAGGUUCAUCUCAGCCAUCAAAAUACCGAAAUGUUAGUUCAAUAUAUAUCAACCUCUUCAGUAAGGGAGGCUUGCUCCUUGAUUGUGGGGAAGGAACCCUCGGCCAGAUGAGAAGAAGAUUCGGGAUAAUGGGCGCAGACAAGGCCGUGAGUGACCUCAGUUGCAUAUGGAUCUCACACAUUCAUGCCGAUCACCACGCGGGAUUGGCAAGAAUUCUCACACGGCGACGUGAUCUACUUAAAGGGUUGCCUCACAGCCCUACAAUAGUGGUGGGGCCUUGGCAGCUUGAGAAUUACCUCAAUGCAUAUCAGGUACUGGAAGACCUCGACAUGCUCUUCCUGGACUGUAGGAAUACCAUCAAGGAAACACCCACCACACUUGAAGGUUUCCCAAGAAAAGUGGAGGCAGUUCCGAUCAUCGAGAGCUUGAAGAGGGUGCUAGGGGAAGCAGGCUUGGAUGAGCUGGUCAGCUUCCCAGUAAGGCAUUGUGGGAAAUCAAAUGCAGCUUUUGGCGUGGUUAUCAAGGCGUCAGAGAGAGUCAACAGUGUUGGAAAGGUCAUUGAAGGGUGGAAGGUUGUGUAUUCUGGCGAUACUAGGCCAUGCUCUGAGCUCAUUGAGGCUUCUCGUGGCGCCACCCUUCUCAUACACGAGGCUACUUUCGAGGAUGGGAAGGUAGGCGAUGCGAUAAAGAAAGAGCACAGCACAAUGGGGGAGGCUAUCAAGGUAGGAGCAGAUGCUGGAGUGUAUCGGAUCAUCCUAACCCACUUCAGCCAACGGUACCCAAAGCUUCCCGUGUUCGAUGAGAUUGGGGCCCACAUGAAGCACAAGAUUUGCAUCGGUUUUGAUCUCAUGAGCGUCAACUUAAUGCACCUUCACGUUCUCCCUCAGAUACUGCCUUACCUUACACUUUUGUUCAACAAUGAGAGGGAUGAUGGUGAUGAUGAAUCAGAAGAUAUUCUAUAAAAAAAUUGCUACUGCUUAUUAAUUAAAAGUUUUAGUUCAACUUUUCCUAGUGUUAGGGCUUGUUUGGGAAUAGCGUUAGAGAUUAGCAUUAACGUUUUGAAAAAAGACUGUAUACAGGCAGUGUUUUCAAAAUAAUCUGCACCAUUAAAAUUUUAUUCAAAACGCUAACGCUAAUCUCUGGCGUUAUUCUUUUCAUCACCUCUUUGGAUCACUUUCUUGACUAGUAGAUGAGUAAAAUGUUAUAAAAGUU